AGCGUUUGUCUCAGCAUCAAAUUGACAUAUCAGUGUGCAACAUGUCCUAUGUAAUGGGAGGGGCGGGGAAGUUUAAGACUAAGACACUUAACUCCAGCACAAUCAGCUCUUCAACUGUGUGUCAGGACAUCAGAGACAUCUCAGCUGUCGGGGAAAGUAUGGACUUCGGAAAAAUAAGAAAACUGAAGGAGAGAUGUAUGUUGAGGAGUGACAUCAUCAGAGAGUUUCUGGCGGAAUUGCUUGGGACGUUUGUAUUAAUACUUUUUGGUUGUGGAUCAGUAGCUCAGACUGUUCUCAGCAGAGGGGCUAAGGGAGAAAAUCUCACCAUCCAUUUUGGCUUUACUCUAGGCGUAAUGUUGGCUGUGUACAUUGCAGGAGGGGUCUCAGGAGGACACGUGAACCCAGCUGUUUCUCUGGCUAUGACUGUCCUGGGAAAACUCCCAAUAAUUAAAUUCCCUGUUUAUGUGGCAGCCCAAUUUUUAGGUGCCUUUCUGGGGUCUAGUGCUGUCUUCUGUCUUUACUACGAUGCCUUCACAGAUUUCUCUGGUGGAAAUCUAACAGUGACUGGUGAAAAUGCCACAGCAGGGAUCUUUGCAUCAUAUCCACGAGAAAACCUCCCAUUGUUCAAUGGAUUCAUUGAUCAGGUGAUUGGCGCAGGGGCCCUGGUCCUCUGUAUUCUAGCCAUUGUAGAUCAGAGGAAUAUUGGGGCACCUAGAGGAUUGGAACCAUUGGUCAUUGGCUUGAGCAUCAUGGCUAUUGCAGUGUCUAUGUCUCUGAACUGUGGCUAUCCCAUCAACCCUGCCAGAGAUCUUGGACCUAGGCUCUUCACUGCGAUGGCAGGAUGGGGAAAAGAGGUGUUCAGCGCUGGAGACGGCUGGUGGUGGGUUCCAGUCAUCGGACCAAUGGUGGGAGGUGUGGUCGGGGCUAUGAUCUACUACCUGAUGAUUGAGCUGCACCACCCUGAGCCUGAGAAGAACUUUGAGGACGACAGAAGUCUGAAAGAUAAAUAUGAAAUGAACGCCGUAAACUAAAAAGAGACCAAAUGAUUGUGUCUUUCCUUUGCCAAGCAAGAAGCUCUUAUUUGUUGCACACUUUCUUUGUCUGUCUUUUCCUCUAGAUGUUUUUAACUCUGUCAUGGAUCAGAGAACAGAUCUGUGUCUAUGUUUUACUUCGUUAUUUUUCCAAACAUUAGGUAUUUGGCUAAAAACGUAGUCCCUUUUAGGCAGCUAUUUAAAUGACAUAUUGUCAUACAUAUUGAAUACUUAAAGGGAUAGUUCACCCAAAAAUGAAAAUUCUUGUCAUAAUUUCCUCACCCUCAGAUUGUUUCAAACCUGUAUAAAUGUCUUUUUUCUGAUAAACACAAAGUCCUAGAUUUGGAAGAAUGUAAGCAAUUUUCACUUCUGGGGCAUUAUCCACUACCAUAGUAGAAAAAAAUAUUGUGAAGCAUAACAUGAGGAAUUCUUUGGCUUAAAAAAAUGUUGAAUAACCAUAAAAUGGACAGCACAUUGCAAAUGUUCAAUGAGCAUAUAGUGUAGGAAAACCUCAGGUAGGAUUCAUUAGACAUGGACCACAGAGAAAUAAACCUCCUGUGUGAUUACAGGACAGCUUUCUUAAACAUCUGUUAUUUACAUUGACAAGUGUCACACCAGUGCCAGUAAAAAAAUUAGGACCUAACGGACACUCCAUAUUAUUACCCCUGGAAUGAUCUAGUCAUAAUCUCUCUCAGGUUUUCCUUUUUGUUAAGACACUGACGAUGUAGGUUAUCCAGAAUAUGUAUAGAGAGCUGAAACACUCUAGGGUAGUAAUUCCCUUCCAUUCCCUGUCACUCUUUCUUUUCUCUGAACUAAUACCAGUUAUAUAUUUUUUAUAUUCUCAAGUUAGCUUGCACAGAGCAUCCACCUAACUUAUAUAUCUUGCUAUUAGAAGAUUGAAGGCACUAAAAUAAAGGAAUUGACUAAAUACUAAAAGUAGUAGAACAGGCAUCAUUGUCAAGACAGGAUGAAUUGAACAAAUGAAAAGAAGGACAGUGAGCUGCAUGCCUAACUGUUGGUAAGGAAACAUGCAUGAGAUAAUAGAGCAAAAGUCAAAAUGCAUGCUAAAAAUAAACCUCCCAUGAACUAUUGCUUCUAAAGUAUAAAUAAAUAUGCAUGCUAGAGUGUAUCGCAAACAUUAAGAAAAAGAAGUAUAUAUGAUAUGUGAUUAUAUAUAAAGCAGGACAUUGUUAUUUCUGGCUUGGCUUCAAAAUAUUUAAUGCAUUAGUUGAGAUUUGAGUUUUAGCUGUUGAAAAUUAA